UCCCUCAUAUUAAGAGGAAUAAACCUAGGAAGAACCCCGACUCAGUGAGAGGAACCCAUCCUCUUCUGGUCGACCAGGAUAGCACAACCAAAUAUCAGAACAAAAACAACCAUACAAAGAGACAAUGUGGAGCUAUAGCUAAUUAAAUUGUGAGUGUGAGUAGGUGAUGAGCACAUGAUCAGUGUUAAUGUUAAAGAGAUAAUGGAGAGGUAUAGCUCAUGCAAACAUAUUGCAGUGUUCUGUUGUGUGUGUGUGUAGUAUUGUGAGUGUGGAUGUGUAAACGUGUUAUAAGGUUGUGUAGAAAGAAAUGAGAGGUCAGUAAAGGUCUGUUUUAUUUGGCUCUUUAGUUCCUUACACUGAUAUUUUAUCCUCAUGUCAAUAUUCAGUAGAACCAUGGGUGGUGUGUGUGUGUGUGCUUGUGUGUGUGAGUCUGAUAACAUUGUUGAUUGAGGUUUUCCGUGCUGACCUGGUCAGUGCUCGCAGAGAAAGAGAGACGCAGAGAUUUAUAAACACUUCCCUCUCAGGGCUCUGAGAGAAUUAUGGGCUGUCAGUCUUGUUUGUAUACCUGUUGUGUGUAUUACAGGCUGUAGUAUGUAGGUGGAACUCGAGUAAUAGUAUGUGAAGUGUGUGUAUGUGAAGUGUGUAAUGUGUGUGUGUGUGUGCGUAAGGUGGGCGGACAGUGGAAUGUUAGCAGACUGAGUGGCGUAUGCAGGGUGCGUAGGCAGGCUGUCUUGAUUGGCCGAGAGAGAUAGUGGGUGGGGAAUGGAAUGAAAGGGUUACAGUGUUAGCCUAUCACAGUAGAGGCCUUUAAAAUGUGUGUGUGCGCGUGUGUUGUUAAUGUUCUCGACAAAAACACACACACUGUAUGCUCUCUAGAGACACAUCUCUGUACGGCCUCAGUCGGUUAGGAGCCAUAGUGACGGGCGUUGCCACGGAGAUACGUGAAUGACUGUCUGUUUCCACGGUGAUGCGUGACUGGGUGUUUCCACGAAAGCACAUGGCUGUGUUUUUUAUGGAAAUCUAUGAUUGUGCAUCACCUUUUGGGCAAAUGAUUUGCCACAGAGAUGCCUGACUGAUGCUGUAAAGACAUCUAACUGUGUCGCCACAGAGACAUCUGAUUGUGUGUUUCCCCAAAGAAAGCUGACUGUGCAUUUUCAAGGAGACAUUUGUCUGAGCGUCGCCAUGGAGACAUCCAACUGUGCAUCACCACAGAGACAUCCAGCUGUGCGUCACCACAGAGACAUCUGACUGUACAUCGCCACGGAGACGUCUGACUUUUCGUCGCCAACGAGACAUCUGACUGUACAUCGCCACAGAGACAUCUGAAUGUGCUGUGGAUCAAGAAAAUAUGGUUCUAGUUUAGCUGAGGUUCUGUGGAAACUGUGGUUCUGUGGAGGUUCAGUGGAGACUCCCUGCAGCUUAAAGCUGGAAAUUUCCCCCAUAUUGGACUGCUUCCCACACUGGCACCACACGGCAGAUGGAUUAGCAUUAGCAGCAGAGCUCACUGUGGGAUUAUAGCAGUCUGAGGAGGAUAGAGGUCUCGUGACAAAGAUUUAGGGGACGCUGCUGAACCCAGGGAGACUAAUUACAAAGGAGGACUACACAAAAUUUACACUCUCCAAUCCCGCAAAAUCAGAAUGCACUAAUACACACCACAGAGAACAGUGUGUACUGUUUCAGAUCUGUCUCUCUUUCUCUGUCUCUUGCUCUAGUUAUCUCUACUCUGCUAUUUCCUCUUUCUCUCACUUACCCUUGAGUCUUUUUUCUUUUGAAGGCCUUGCUGUUGGUGUCACUUUUGUAAUGUGAGAGAACAUUUAGAGGAUUAAGAAGUCUUGAGUGUUGAUUGCAAAAGAACAUGAGGGUUUCUUUCUUCGCUCUACUUAGUGUGUGGAGCUCUGUUUAAUCCUAGAAACUUCCGACUAAAAAUCUACUGAAAUUCCGAAAGAGAGGGAGAGAAUAGAGAGUUGAGAUGUGAAAUAUUUGUAGCAGUUCUGUAAAGUGAGGUUUCUGUAAAGUGUUAUUUCUUGCUGCACUUUCUUGUCUGAGCUAGCCAUUUUCAAUUGACAGAAAUGAAACUUAGGUCCAACUGCUUAAUUUGAGGUAGUGGGUAACUCCACUUUCCUCCUUGGGCACAUUGAGGUUCAGGUCUCUGGCAGGGUUAGUUCACUAUUUUCCAGAAAUUAAGGCCAGUUUGUGGUUCUGCAUCAAAUCUAGGCCAUAGCCUAUGCAUAUCCUACAUGUAUUCUAUGUGAUGCCAUACACAGCAGCCUGAUGUGCACAUCUCCUUAAAUGUAACUAUGAAUUGUGGCAACACAGACCACUGCAACUGUGAUUGGUCCGCUGAGCUUCAUGCCCCCCCCUGCACAAGUGUACAUUUUCUUAAAGGUGUAGGCCACUUAAACAGGCACUAAAUUGUCUGUAUGCUAAAGUAUAAUUCAACCUUAACAGUUCUUUAGCAAGACUACACUCUGAGACCCUUUAAAAUUGUGGUGAAGGAUGUUCUCAAGACUUGGCUCCUUUCUCACGAGUGGUGAUAUUUGAGACACCCUUAUUCCACCACCUGCAGUCUAAGUACUGCUCUCCACUAUCAAAAAGGUGAACCAGAAAGGUUGUACUGCAGUUUAUGAGUUUCUUCAGCUGUGUGUAUGUAUGGGACACUGUAUCAGACUGUACCUCAGCUCGUCUCACACCCUUAACCCUCAAUAGAAACUUCUGUGGGUUUCAGUCGAGAGUUUCAGUGGGUUGAUGCGUGUUGCCGUCUGCACGCGCUCUUCCUGUGGCUCUUAGACAAAAAGGUCAGAAGAAACGAGUGCAGUGACUCAGGAUAUUGCAGCCGUUUCAACGUCCUGUUGAUGUAACAUCCUGCCCAUUUGGCUUGUGACUCAGUCAUUUCCUGCCAUGUUUGGCAGUGUGAGAAAGCUGGUGUCCGCGUUCGAGACCCGAAAACAGCCCCGCCAUCUUCAUCUACCUUCAGGCCACGCCUCCUGCCCAAACACCUCUUCUGUGAACCCUCCACAUGGGACUCCAACCAUCACAGAUUCACCUUCUUUGGUUCAGAAAACUGUCACUUCUCCAUCACCUGCACCUGCCAAAGAGCCACUCCUCCACAACACAUCAGGCCAUACCCCUUCUACUUGGUCCAGACCUCCAUCAACUCCUCCUAUCCCGCAUUCCCUUCUCAGCAGGAGUAGAGAGGGCGAUGCAGGGUUUGCGGGUGUUACUCUUAGAGGGAAUGGAACUAAACGGAAGGUUCCAAGAGUUAGGCUUCGCGACUCAUGGCCUGCUGGAAGGCAGAAUGUCUUCUCGUCUGAAGCGACAGAAAACAAAGAACCAAGCUUUAAUAGAGGUAGACUGAGGUUGACACGCUUCAGCUCACGACCCUUGAGUGACCCCUCUUUGACCCCUUUUUCAGACUUCACUACCUCCAUCACUGGACUUAAAUCGACUUCUCCCAUUUCAGGGUCCAAGUCCACUUCCACUUUUUUAAAACCUAGCACCAGUUCCAUCAUAAGAUCUAAGUCUACCUCUGCCACAGAGACUACCAUUGGUUCCAUUACAGGACCCAAAUCUACCUCCACCACAAAGCCUACCACCAGCUUCACCACAAGACCCAAGUCUACCUCCACCAUACGGCCUACCAGUAGUGCCAUAACAGAGCUCAAUCCCACCCCCAGCAUACAGAAUUCCGCCUCCAUCACAAGACCACACACAGAUAUUUCUGACACUUCUGCAGUAAAUAGAUUCAGCGCAUCUGAAUUCAGCAGCCUUAAAGCACAGGCUGUGUGUUUCUCCACAGGACCCACUUCAGCGUCCAGAACUUCCCUCACUGGCAGCUCUACUUCUGGGCCUUCAUUGGCAUCUGCUGUUGGCUGGCCCACUGAACACACUAACUCUGUUGUAUAUGCUACUAAUGGGACUCGGUCCAACUGUGCUGAAGGGUCUAGUUCUAGCUCCAUCACAGGGAUCCCAUGCAGUAUCUCAGAUAUAGGCAAUACUGUUAGCUCCAAAACAGGAAUUGAGGCUUACUUUUCCACAGGGACUAGUCCUAGCUCUGCAACAGAGACGAUUAGUGGGAGUUCUAAUGUUGUUACUACUGCUUCUCCAGUGAUGGGGACUAAUGGUAGCUCUGCUAUAGGUAUUAGUAGUAGUUCCACUGUAGGUCCUAUCCUAGGGACUAAUGCUAACUCUCAUAUAGUCACUGCUACCAGCAGCAUGAUAGAGAUUAAUGCUAACUCAGGCAUCAAGGCAAGUUCUAGCUCUACCACUGGGACUACUGACAGUAGUUGCACUGAGGUUAACACUGCAAGCACAAUGAGAGGGACUAAUGCUAGUUUUCCGUCCAAUUUUCCAAACCGAGGUCAGGGACUUCCCCGUCCUGGUCCAGGAGAUGUUCCUCAGUGCUGCAGCCAAAACAGGCCCAGAGAGACACACCAGUUGUCUGGUUACCCCGAACAGACCCUGCUGUCCAGUGCAUGUUGUGCUUCCGUCCUCGCUAGUGGCUCUGUUCUUGUUUCAAGUGCUAAUCAAAGCCAGUUUGAGACUCCAUCUCGGAAGCCUGGAGCUCCUGUGAGUCCAGAACAUCUGCACAGUGCCUCCAGGUUGACUGCUGCCAGUCUAGCAUCCAAUAGGAAGAGGGGGUGGGAAAAAGGGGUGUGUCGUAAGGGUCUCCGGCACUCUGACUCCACCUUUGCCUCGCUGCUGCUGUUCUUGCGCAGUGGAUCCAGUAACAGUAUGAUUGCCAUUGACAACAAGAUUGAGCAAGCCAUGGACCUGGUGAAAGCCCACCUGAUGCUGGCGGUGAGGGAGGAGGUGGAGAUUUUGCGAGAGCAGAUAAAGGAGCUGUCUGAGAGGAACGCUCAGUUAGAGCGAGAAAACUACAUCCUGCGAGCGCUCAAAGACCCACACUGAGCACAGGGCAUCAUGGGAAAUGGAGCCUUUGAUCCUACCAGUUAGAAGAAUGGAAUAAAAUAAGAAAGAACAGUAAAGGACUCUGAGUACAGAGAAUUGUGGAGUGAUGUUCUCUGGACCGUGCCUUACACACACACACAUACACACACACACAUAUACACACACAGUGCUGUAGAGUUGUUCAACUCACUCUAAUGUCACUGUAAUGGAUUUUUAAUGAGAGUUUUUUUUUAAGCCAUAAUUUUUUUAAUGAUUAGUGAAGAUGAAUAAUUAACGCUGACAGCAAUAAUGAGUCUAAACCUUUAUUUUGUCCUGUUUUUGAUUUUGGUUUAUUUAUUGUUGUCGUCAAUUUUAGCAUUUUAAAACCAGUAGAGAAUCUCUCUUUAAAACAAACUGUGCGAGAGAGAGAGAGAGAAAGAGAGAGAGACGGAGCUAAUGAAUGUGUAAUUAUUUAAACCGUUAGUGCCUAAUUACUUCUUUGUUGCCAUGUCUUAAGUGUUUGUGUGAGUGUAUGUGUGUAUGUGUUUGUGUGUUGUUUAUCAGAGACAGUGCUGAAUUGUUGACUCUUCCACUGUAAAUCACAAUCACAGCUUUAUUGUUGUACUUCUGUUCUCACCAUGGUUACAGUCGUGCCUUAGCCGUUACGGCAGUGCCUUUGCCAUACUCUACAAUGGUACACAGAGAGAGAGAGAGAGUGAGCGAGAGAAAGAGAGAGAGAGGAUUACACAGUGGUUAUUUUUGUGUAUACAUGUCAGACCUCUUGCACUUGUUUGUUUGAGUGCAGGCUAUGUGAGAUAUUGACGUGGGUUUGAAUGGAAGAAAGUAACUUAUCUAAUAAAUAACCUCAACUACUC